CUAUAUAACAAUGCGAUCCCCAAUCCCCUAAGCAGCGUGGUGCAGUGUAGCAGGUGCAGGCCCCUCGCCGCCGUGCCCGCCCUCUUUCCGCUGCCCCCCGCUUCUCUUCUUCCUCUUCCUCUUCCUCUUUCCUUCCACACCAUCCAGGCCACUGCUGGUUUCUCAUUGGCGAGGCGAGGCGAGGCGAGGUCCUCGUGGCCAUGGCAGCGAGUAGGAGGAGGGUCUUCUCCUUGCCGGUGGCGGCGGCGUGCCUGGUUGUUGUCCUGCUGCGGUGCCUGUCGGCGUCCGGCGAGCCCCUGCCGCAGUACUACAAUGCCAUCUUCAGCUUCGGCGACUCCUUCUCCGACACGGGCAACUUCGUGAUCAUCAACUCCGGCAAGCUGCCCAACAUGCCCAAGUUCCCGCCGCCGUACGCGCGCUGCUCCAACGGGCGCCUCGUCAUCGACUUCCUGGCCGAGGCGUUCGGUCUGCCGCUGCUCCCUCCGUCGGCGAACAAGGGCACCAACUUCAGCCAGGGCGCCAACUUCGCGGUGAUGGGCGCGACUGCGCUGGACCUCAAGUACUUCAAGGACAACAACGUGUGGAGCAUCCCGCCCUUCAACACCUCCAUGAACGUGCAGCUGCAGUGGUUCGACGAGGUGAAGCAGACCAUCUGCUCGGACCCAGCAGAGUGCCGCGCCUUCUUCUCCAAGUCCCUGUUCGUGUUCGGCGAGUUCGGCGGCAACGACUACAGCUUCGCGUGGAAGGCGGAGUGGUCGCUGGAGAAGGUGAAGACGAUGGUGCCGGCGGUGGUGGCGUCGCUGGUGCGCGGCGUGGAGCGGCUGCUGGACGAGGGCGCCCGGCACGUGGUGGUGCCGGGGAACCUCCCCGCCGGGUGCAUCCCCAUCACGCUCACCAUGUACCCCUCCGAGGACCGGUCCGAGUACGACCCCCGCACGGGCUGCCUCAAGCGCUACAACAGCGUCGCGCUCUACCACAACGCCAUGCUCCGGAUCGCCCUCGACCGCCUGCAGCGCCGCCGCCCAGAGGCGCGCGUCGUCUACGCCGACUACUACACGCCCUACAUCCAGUUCGCGCGCACGCCGCAUCUCUACGGGUACAAGCGCGGCGCCCUCCGCGCGUGCUGCGGCGGCGGCGGGCCGUACAACUACAACAUGAGCGCCUCCUGCGGCCUGCCCGGGUCGACGACGUGCGAGGACCCCGACGCGCACGUGAGCUGGGACGGCAUCCACCUCACGGAGGCGCCCUACCGCUUCAUCGCCAACACCUGGCUCAAGGGCCCCUACGCGCACCCGCCGCUCGCGACCGUCGUCCGCGAGGACAUGGUCGACUGACUCAUGAUCACCGUCCAUCCAUCCAUCCAUCCUGGUGAUACCGUGUGUGUGUCACUGUGCGCGCGAGUGUGUGUGCGCUUGCUGCCUGCAAGAAGAAGAGAUGAUAGUGAGAGUGCUAAUGGUAUAACGGAUGUGAGUGAGUGAGUGCAUUCCAUUUGUUAGUGUAUAUUUUGGUUGGGAUAAGUAAGUGAAAUCGAUCGGUGCUUAGGUUUUCCUGCUU